AUGGCGGAUGGUUCGAAACCUGUGGAGGAGAAUGAGCUGAUGCUGGAGUUGUCCAUCGAUGGGAUUUUCGGGGAACCCAAUCGAAUUAUGAAACGAGAGGUUCAAGCGAUUCGGAGACAGAGGAAGAGGGAGCAAGUUGUAAAAAAACAGAACGACGACCUUUUGCCUGUCUGGAAAAAAGAGAGGAUUGGAAAUGUCGGUUCGGUUCUUGGUGAUGGUGAAGUUGUUGUGAUGAAUGUGAAUAAAAAGAAUUGUGUUUUAGGUGUUGUCGCUACAGAUGAUAGCAAAAGCAAUUCAAGCAACUCUCAACUGGACCAACAACUAGCAAGUGCUGAUCAACCCACGGGUUCGUCCAAACAAACCAGUACUAGAUACAAAGAAGCCUCGGAUCUAGCACGAAUGCCGUGUGUUUCAACAACUGGGAACGGGCCAAACGGGAGGACAGUUAGCGGGUUCUUGUAUAGAUACACGAAAAAUGAAGUGAGCAUUGUGUGUGCAUGUCAUGGUGAGUCGUUUACUCCGGCUGGGUUUGUGGAGCAUGCCGGAGGGAUUGAUAUAGCUCACCCCUUGAAACAUAUUACAAUAUUUCCUACUGCUUUUGCAUCUUGA